AUGACCCAAUCCGCGAGGACCGGUAAAAACAAAGAGAUUGUUACCAAACGAAAAGAAUCCGGUUUCAUGACCAGACACAAACUGGCACCUAUCGCUGACGCCACAGACGGACCAAGUAGUUCGGAUUCCAAAAAGUCCGCACAGCAGAUCGUUGUGAAUCAAUCAGUCCAUGGGGAAUCGAACCCGGAUGUGGUCAGACUGCACGGGAGUCGUUCCGCUUCCGUUGUGAGUCAGUAUAGACGGAGUCAAAUGUCUAUGCAGAGUGCUGGACGUGCACUUCUCACCGAUCGUCGUCAGGAGAACAAACAUGUCCUCAUGACAACGAUCCAGUUCAGUAUGGAAGAUCUGGAUAAAGGUAUUGUUGAUCGUUGGGUCAACACGAAUCCAGUCGUUUUGUUCCUGGAAACUCUGGAGUGGGUCAGCUCCCGACUACGUACAAGUCGAAAGCACAACGAAUUACUCAAUCAACUCGAACGUAUCCAAUUUUGUCGCGUUUGCGAAGCGUGUAACAUCGGUUAUGCGGAUCUGAUUGGGCCACAAGGAACCGGUGAGAAUCGAUCGGGUGACACAAAUUCUCCUGGUCUGCAAAAACUGAUUUUCCACGUACGAUGUAUUGCUGCACAGGCCAAUCGUCCAGUUCUGCGUGUACGUCGGAUCUUUCCCGCGGCGAAUCAGCUUCGAAGACAAACUGCCCAUGGUCCAGGGUCUCAACAAGUGACGCGUUCGGUCAUAUUCCCGAAUGAAAGUCAUCAAUUUAUGCUCUUGUCUGCUUGGACUGUGGCCGAGGCGUUGAAACGUAUCACGACCCGAUUGAUGGGCAUUCCGCGGACCGUCGUGAAUUUGAAUCAAACCCCCACGGAAAUCUCGUUGGGAGAACUCGUUCGGUUGUUGCGUCGCACGAGGCCAGAAAAAUCUAAUGGGAUCAUAGUAUACAAAUCCUCUGCGCCGACUUGUAACUGGCUUGCAUGUUCAUCUGAUGGCACAUUGACAAUACGGUAUCCCACAGGGGAUGUGGCGAUUGUCUGGACCCCUGCGACAUCAUACUACCGUCCACCGGAACCGGCCGAGACUCGUCAACCGAUCGAGAAACAAAUGACCAGACCACGUAGCAAAACAUCACUCAGCACAGUCUCACGUCCCAUGAAAAUCAGUCCCGAACCCAACACGGAUGGAACUCGGUCCGGUAGACCGGUAUGGAAUCAUCGGAUUCGAUCGAGCGAAAAAACGGCCCGUGGAUUUUGGCUGUUCGUUUUCGAUUUACCCCAAUCAAACCGCGGUCCUCACACUAGUCAACGCUCCGCGGGUAGCACAGUGACACCAACACGCGGCGGGGAGCCAAUCAGAGACGAUCACGAACCGGGUCAAUCGAACUGUGUGGAAAUGGAUGAUCGAGUACAGGAAUACAACCAACCGACCACUGAAUCAUCAUCAUCACCAUCUUCUGAGUAUGAGACAGACCAUGUCGGUCAACUGCGUGCACUUUUCACCCCAUCUGGAGAGGGCGCGAUCUAUGAAGCUGCAAUGAACAUUGGGAAUCAAAUCUUCGGUAACAGCCUGCGAGCUGUAUUCACCGACGGUUCUUGUUGCCUCAUUGAUACGAACAAGUCUACCUCACAGACUAUGCCAUGGAGAACACUGCAUAAGGAUGGAAAUUUGAGCCGAUGCGGAUCACCGAAAACCACUCGCCGUUUACCAGUUUCAAUCGACACGGCUCUGAAUCCGUUUGUGCGUAUCCAUUGUGCCAGUCCGGAGGAUCUUCGUGUUUCCUAUUGUUGGGAGAAUCAGGUUCAGCUGACAGUGUUUUGUGGAACACAGAUUCCACGGGAAUCCAAACAAAAAGAGGCGGUAAUCUCGACACCUCGGAAAUCUAUAUUUCGUGAAGGUUCACCCGGUGGUCACGUGAUGGAACAGUUUGUGACAAAAAUGCCAUUUCUGACCUCACUGGUCGAAAGUCAAUAUGAACGUUUCAGUGCACCCUGGCGCAAACGACGAGAGGAUGCUUUUAAACGUAUUUUCAAAGACUUCCCAUCAAUCGACGGAGACCUGGAGCGACUGCGAAAAGAGUUGUUCGUGAUUGAUGAUGAGAUAAGGUGA